UGGCAUUCAGUAUGAUAUAGUUUGUCAAAACAUAGUGUGUUUAAAUCGUUCAAUGAUAGAAGAAAGAUAAACAAAAGGAGACUAAGCGAAAUAGUUGAAGAAAGUACAGAAGAUACCGGCAUAUAUACAAGUGAACAUUUAUAUUUAAAUACAUAUCACGCGAGAAUAAAAAACUAACAAACACACAAGCUUUGUAAUCAAUCAAAAUAUGCGUUGCAUUUGUGGAGCUUUUCGAAAAUCACUUGUGUUGGAAGAAAAAACAGUCAAACCAAAUGAUGAUUCCGCCAAUUUGGAGCCAACAAGUGAUACGAGCAAGGAUCAAAAACCGGCUGACCCAAGCGACGAUCCGAAAGCAGCUGAAGAUGAGCUAGAUUUUAAAGAACAAGAUUUCGAUACAUUGCGAACUGAUUGUCUGAAAAAUCAAAUACUUUUUGAAGAUAGUGAGUUUCCCGCUAAUGAGUCAUCGUUGCAAUUAUCGACGCAAACUAGUCGUCAAAUAAAAUGGUUGCGCCCUAAAGAAAUCGUUGAAAUUCCGCAAUUUUUUGUCGAUGGUUUUUCGCGAUUUGAUGUAAAACAAGGAGAGCUCGGCGAUUGUUGGUUUCUCGCCGCAGCUGCAGCGUUGACACAAAACUCCGAAAUGUUUGUUCGAGUUGUUCCGCAUGAUCAAAGCUUUGACGAAAACUAUGCGGGCAUCUUUCAUUUUCGAUUUUGGCAAUUUGGUAAAUGGAUUGAUGUUUGUGUUGAUGAUCGUCUUCCAACAUAUCAUGGCGAACUUUUGUAUAUGCAUUCAUCGCAAGAUAAUGAAUUUUGGAGUGUACUGCUCGAAAAAGCCUACGCGAAAUUGCACGGCAGCUAUGAGGCAUUGAGAGGUGGUUCUACGUGUGAAGCUAUGGAAGAUUUUACUGGCGGUGUAACUGAAAUGUAUGAACUGAAGGAGGCACCAGCAAAUCUUUUCGAUAUUUUAAUUAAAGGACAUGAACGUGAUUCAAUGAUGGCAUGUAGUAUUGAAGCCGAUCCAAGUGUAUUAGAAGCUGAAACGAAAUUUGGUCUGAUAAGAGGUCAUGCCUAUUCAAUUACUAAGAUUGCACUCAUGGACAUUGUAACACCAAAUACAACUGGCAAAAUUCAAAUGGUGCGGCUUCGAAAUCCAUGGGGUAAUGAUGCCGAAUGGAACGGACCUUGGAGCGACAAAUCAGCUGUAUGGCGCCUCAUACCAGAUAACGUGAAGCAAGAAAUCGGAUUGAACUUUGAUUCGGACGGUGAAUUUUGGAUGGCCUAUCAUGAUUGGUUGAAACACUUUGACAGAGUUGAAAUUUGCAGUUUGAGCCCCGACUCGUUGAGCGAAGAUAAAGUUGAUAAUGGUCGAAAAAGAUGGGUGUCGUCAGUGUUUGAAGGGCAGUGGAUUAAAGGAGUGUCCGCAGGUGGUUGUCGUAAUAAUUUGGCCACAUUUGCACAAAAUCCACAAUACUUUGUAACUUUGGAGGAUCCAGACGAGGAUGACGACGAAGAUUUGUGUACAAUCAUUGUUGCUUUGAUGCAGAAAAAUCGAAGAUCCAGACAAAAUAUGGGCAUGCACUGUUUAACAAUGGGCUUUGCUAUUUAUCGCGUUACCGACAACCAUUUGCCAAACAAACCACUCGAAAUGAAUUUUUUCAAAUAUAAUGCUUCAGUGGCUAGAGCACCUGCGUUUAUAAACUUGCGUGAGGUUACUUGCCGCUUCAAAUUGAAACCAGGUCAUUACUUAAUUGUACCAUCAACAUUUGAGCCAAAUGAAGAAGGAGAAUUUUUAAUUCGUGUAUUCUCGGAGCAAAAAAAUUUCAUUGAAUUUGUAGAAUCAAAGUAAAGCAAAUUUCAAAGUGAAAUUCAAAUAAAACUCAAGUGCACUUCUUACGCAUAUUUCAUAAAAUAUUCUCCAAAUUUGAACUAUUGUCGAAUGAAAGUAUUUUUUUUUUGACACAAUGUGAACCAA